CACCACUGCUGUUAACUGGAGAAACUCAAGCAGCGACUGACUGUAUGGGUAGGAAGAGGAAAGUGACACCCACGAAAAAGGCUGCGAGAUAAACAGAAUGGAAAUCGACAUAAGCUUUUUAUAUACCGAUGUAGGUGGUCGUGAAUGUAUUGUAGCUGUGUGCAAAGCCCUAGCCAGGGGGCGGGAGCCUCGGGAAUGUCUCAUGUUGGCCCACAGCCAGGCUCGCAGGAAGUGAUGUUGAAAGCCACCCGCAGGUUUCUGUCCAGGAGCUCGCCGUGCUUUCCCUCCUGGAGCUAGGACCGGGCUGACCCCACCUGCCACGGCCCACCAUCACCACCACCACCACCACCACCACAGCAGCUCGAACUGCCCAAACACCCAGCUGCAGUUGCUCUCGCCACUCACCGCCCAACUGAAGAGCUCACCCACCACAGCUGCCUAACCCAGAACUGGAGGAGAUAGAGAGCUGGACUGGGGGAAAACAAACCCACAUGUCGGAGUCCAGCUGAUAGGGCUAGAUUGUUUUUUUGGGGCCUUUGAUAGUAUUUGACAAUAAGAGCUCCAAGUGUUGCAGUUUACAGUGAACUCAUCUGAGAGCGAUUCGGAUUAAUGCACGUGAAGGACAGCUAAGUGCCCAAGUGUAAAUAUCCGCACUUAUUUCGCUGUCCAGAAAUCUUCCUCUCUCUCUCUCGCUCUCUACAUCCCACACAUACACACACACACACACACACACACACACUUACUCUUCUUCUCACCCUCCCACCCCCCUGGUUGUUGUGAUUCAGUAGCUUUGUGGAUUUUAUGGCCGUGACGUAACUCUGGAGAAGCCCGGGUACCACAAGCUUCAGGAUUUAGAGAAGAGAGGAGGGGAGGCAGAGAUGGAGGAGGGCAAGAGGGUGGUGAAGUCCGGGGGCAGCCGGAGCGGCCAUGGCAGUCGCGGCUCCAGCUCCGGCGUGCUCAUGGUCGGUCCAAACUUCCGCGUGGGGAAGAAGAUCGGCUGCGGGAACUUCGGCGAGCUGAGGCUCGGCAAAAACCUCUAUACCAACGAAUACGUGGCCAUCAAGCUGGAGCCCAUCAAGUCCCGCGCUCCUCAGCUCCACUUGGAAUACCGCUUCUACAAGCAGCUCGGCACCGCUGCAGAGGGCAUUCCUCAGGUGUACUACUUUGGUCCAUGUGGAAAGUAUAACGCCAUGGUCCUUGAGCUGCUGGGGCCCAGCCUGGAGGACCUGUUUGACCUGUGUGAGCGAAGCUUCUCCCUCAAGACUGUCCUCAUGAUGGCCAUUCAGUUGAUCACGCGGAUGGAGUACGUCCACACCAGGAGUCUGAUCUACAGGGACGUGAAACCCGAGAACUUCCUGGUGGGCCGGCCGGGGAGCAAGCGCCAGCACACCAUCCAUAUCAUCGACUUCGGCCUGGCCAAGGAGUACAUCGACCCCGAGACCAAGAAACACAUCCCCUACCGCGAGCACAAGAGCCUGACCGGCACGGCCCGAUACAUGAGCAUCAACACCCACCUGGGGAAAGAGCAAAGCAGACGGGAUGACUUGGAGGCGCUUGGUCACAUGUUCAUGUACUUCCUGCGUGGGAGCUUGCCCUGGCAGGGGUUAAAGGCCGAUACGCUGAAAGAGCGCUACCAGAAGAUUGGGGACACCAAGAGGGCCACGCCCAUCGAGGUGCUGUGCGAGAGCUUCCCAGAGGAGAUGGCCACAUACUUGCGUUACGUGCGGAGGCUCGACUUCUUCGAGAAGCCCGACUAUGAUUACCUCCGCAAGCUUUUUACCGACCUGUUCGACAGAAACGGCUACGUCUUCGACUACCAGUACGACUGGGUGGGCAAAACCCUGCCCACCCCAAUUGGCCCGGUCCCCAGCGACGCCCCCCUCCAGCCUAGCAGCAGGGACAAAGCACAGCAGCAGACCAAAAACCAGGUGAGGUCUCCUGAGCCGGUGGGCAGCGAGGCACAGCCGCCUCCAGCCACGCCACGCGAGGUCCUGGGCUCCCGCCUGACGGCUGACCGCCUGGGGGGCUCCGCACAGGUGAUGAACUCCACCAACGGGGAGCUCAACACAGACGACCCCACAGCGGGCCAUUCCAACGCCCCCAUCACGGUCACGGCUGAGCGAGAGGUGCCCGACGACACCAAGUGCUGUUGUUUCUUCAAGCGUCAGAAGAGGAAAGCACUCAAUCGACACAAGUGAGGAUGAGGAGCGGCAGGCCUCGUCCCAGAAGAGGAAGAGGAAGAGGAGGAUAUUUAUACUCCUUUUAGCGCAAUAGGAGCAGCCUCUUGAAAGACUACUACAGACGACAAUGUAUUUUACACUAACAGCGGACAUAUACCAAGGACAACUCUCGCAUACAAAGAGAAGAGCCUGACCGAGUGACAGAGACUCUCUAGAAACACGCGCUUACAUUUGUGGUGUGGGGAAGAGUAAGCCUGUCAUGGCAGUUCUAUCCCUGGGUCCUUUAGUUGUAUUUUUUCCUAUUUUAAAAAAUUAAGUCU